AUGAGAUUGGUAGAAAAAAAGCAGAUGGAGCAAAAUAAAACUUCAAUGAAUUUAAUCUGUUCGUACUCCAAAUUACCAGAUACUUUACCAGCUUCAAACCCAAAAAAUUUUGAACAAUUUGAAACAAAAAUUGAACAUAAUAAAAAGGAAAGUUUUCUAUCUACCAAAAAUUUGAUGCCAAUUGAAAUAGAUACAUCUUUUGAAGAUGGACAAAAUCAUAUGGACUCAAAUAUUUGGUCAGAGAAAUCGUGGUUUUCCAGACAAUUUUUGAUACAGUUUGGAAUUAUAUAUGUUGCAAGUUUGUUAAUGUUCAUUACUGGAAUGCAUACUGGCUGGGUAGGACCAACAAUCUUAAAGUUAUCGUCAAAUGAUUCAGACAUACCACUCACAUCAACAGAAAUAUCCUGGUUAGCUUCAAUGGUACCAUUUGGUGGUGGAAUUGGUCCAAUAUUUGGUGCAAUAUUAGCGAAUAAAAUUGGACGUAAAAAGACAAUUUUGCUCAUAGCUAUACCAGAAAUAUUUACAUGGAUUGCAGUUAUAUUGGCAAAAGAUAUUUAUUGCUUAUGCGCAGCACAAUUUGUUAGGGGUAUAACUGGUGGAGCUGCAUUUGCUGUUAUACCGAUGUAUGUAGGUGAAAUAUCGUCACCAAAAUUUCGUGGAGUUUUGGGAAUAGUUUUUAUUCUACAAUAUCAUGCUGGUUUCGUGCUCGAAAUAGCACUUGUACCAUUUGUUUCAGUAUCAGCAAACGCAUGGAUUGCAUUAUCGAUUCUCACGUUUUUGGUUUUAGUUUUUAUUUGGAUGCCAGAAUCACCGUACUAUUUUAUAUUGAAAAAUCAAGCAUCAAAUGCGGGGAAAUCUUUGCGAAUUUUAAAUCAAAACGAUGAAAUUGACAAACAUUUGGAAAAGUUGAAGAGAAUAGUACAAGCUGAACAAAAUGAGGUGCAUAGUUUCACCGAAAUAUUUCGCACCAGAAAUAAUCGAGUUAGCUUUAUUCUAUGCUUAGGAGUUAUGUCAAUACAACCUUUAACUGGAUUCGUUCCUGUACUUGCUUACACUCAACUUACAUUAGAAAAGUCAAAUUCAUUUAUCGAUCCCAAUAUAAGUGGAAUUAUAAUUGGAAGUUUUGGAUUGAUAUUUCUUUUUUUGGGAUGUUUUUUUGUCGAUUCGUAUGGUCGAAGACCAAUAUUACUUUGUUCCACUUUUGGAACAACCAUUCCAUUUCUAUUAAUCGCGGUAUAUUUUCAUUUGGAUUACCUCAACUACGAAUAUAUAAGAUCUUUUACUCUUUUGCCACUUAUUGGAUUGAUUUUGCAUCAAGUAACUUCAUUAUUUGGAAUUUGUCCAAUACCAUACGUUUAUAUAAGCGAAUCAUUUUCGACAAAUAUAAAAAGUUUCGCUUCAUUGUUUAUUAUUUGUUAUGGAUCUAUAAUGAGUAGCGUUUGCAGCAAAAUUUAUCCAGAUUUGUGUGCUCUUAUGGGGAUCCAUAAUGUUUAUUAUUUGCUUGUUUGUGGAUGUAUUUUAAGUGGUAUUGGUACGUAUUUUUUUGUGCCAGAAACAAAAGGAAAAACUUUACAUGAAAUCCAAAAAUUUUUAAGGGAAUAUUAAAUGGGUCCACGAUCCUUGUGUAUGGCAAAGUAAUAUAACUGAAAAUUUUCGGCAGCAUUUUCAAAUUUUAACAAAGUACAAGCUUUGGUUUUGUAUUACCGCUAGUUGCUCCUACCUGC